GCCUACACCCAAACCUAGUCCGUCUGUAUGUGCAGACGUACGCACGGAACAGUGACGAGCGUGAGAAGAGAGAGACAGCGACCGUCGGGUGCACAGACCGCUUCCUUUCACAAAACGCGCCACACGUCCAUUACUGUGGAUGAGGGAGCAACUGGAUCGCAACGCGCCCCCGUGCUCGAGAUCAAUUAAGAGCGAGCGAGCAAUCAUUGUAUCAUCUUUUCUCGGUUCCGACGGACACGUUUAGAUUUGUAGCCCCUCUUUGAGCGCAACGUGCCGUUUUCCUGGAUUAUGUGAAGCUGGAGGGAUCCUGAGGACCGAGUGCGUCAAGCGAGCGCACGCAUCCAACAAGUGGAUGCAUGAAUCCGUUCGCGGCGGAGAAAACGCGGGACUGAGACCCGAAUCAGUGGAUCGAGAACCUGCAUGUGUUGUAUUUGCCCAUCGCCUCGCAGUUAAGACACGUGAGCCGCACUAAGUAGAUGUGUCUCAGAUGUGGAGCUUGUCUGGAUCGACGGGUGGCUGAUAUGUGCGCAUUUUCUCGGUCUGAGGUAGUUUUCUAUCUAAAGACUUGGUGUAUUUUUUGAUUCAGGAGCAAACAGUCAAGCUCCAAUGAGGUAAGACGUCCUUUACAUAUUCACCGCUCUUCGUUCAUUCACCAAAGCAAGAUUAAGGCGGACACGCUGCAGGAUCCACCGUUCCCCACCUCACCCCUCUCCCCCACAUGGACUCGACACUCCGUUCCCUCGGUGGCCGUGGGGGGAAGUUGGGAUCCUCUCUGUAGACAUUUCUGUAUGACGAGGGCGCAGGUGGCAGCCAAAGGUCGCAGCCAUGCCGAUGCAUCCAGUCACCUCCACCUUGAUGUACCGGGGGAUUUGCACCAUCCCCGACAUCCUCUCGUACAGCGCCCCGGUAAACCUGCCCGAAGACGAAGUUGAAGAGAUCCGCGAGGCCUUCAAGGUGUUCGACCGCGACGGGAACGGCUUCAUCUCCAAGCAGGAGCUGGGCAUGGCCAUGCGCUCCCUGGGCUACAUGCCCAACGAGGUGGAGCUGGAGGUCAUCAUCCAGAGGCUGGACAUGGACGGCGACGGCCAGGUGGACUUUGAGGAGUUCGUCACUCUGCUGGGCCCGAAGCUGACGGCGGCCGGGAUGCCGGACAAGUUCAACGGCACCGACUUCGACUCCGUGUUUUGGAAGUGUGACAUGCAGAAGCUGACGGUGGAGGAGCUGAAGAGGCUCCUCUACGACACCUUCUGCGACCACCUGUCCAUGAAGGACAUCGAGAACAUCAUCAUGACUGAGGAGAACCACAUAGAGAACCCUGAGGACUGCCAGGUGGACAUAGACAGUUCCAGCCCGACGCAGCAGGUCAAGCAAACGUGCGUGCGCAAAAGCCUGAUCUGCGCCUUCGCCAUCGCCUUCAUCAUCAGCGUCAUGCUCAUCGCAGCCAAUCAGGUGCUGCGGAGCGGCAUGAAGUAGGAGCGGCGGCGCGUUUCGGCCUUGACCUCCACCUAAAGGCUGCCUUACGGAUGCGAAGCUGAAAACACGACCCCACAGACACUGGCGGCGCUGGCAGACGGCCCACGCCGGCGCCGCCGCUCGCCUCACCCAGAGACACCUCACGUGCAGAGGUUUCACACCAUGAGACCUGCUCAUCAGCGGCUGUCGACACAUAUCACUUCAUAGCCAAACGUUUAGUCCCCAUCAGCUGUGUGCGUUCGGUUUGUGGUGGCAGCUGUAGAGAGAAGUGUAGUGACCGUCCAGUUCUGUAUUCGUCCCGUGUACCAUGCAGUUUAUUACAGGCAGCAGGUGGAGACAUUGGAGACAGCUGGAGGAGGUAGAUGUGCAGGAGCAGAGGAGGAGCAGAAGAGCAGCGGAGGAGCAGGGGAGGAGCAGAGGAGCAGGUGAAGGUGUGGAGGAGCAGAGGAGGAGCAGGUGAAGGUGUGGAGGAGCAGCGGAGGAGCAGCGGAGGAGCAGAGGAGCAGUGGAGGAGCAGGUGAAGGUGUGGAGCAGCAGAGGAGGAGCAGGUGAAGGUGUGGAAGAGCAGAGGAGGAGCAGCGGAGGAGCAGAGGAGCAGUGGAGGAGCAGGUGAAGGUGUGGAGCAGCAGAGGAGGAGCAGGUGAAGGUGUGGAAGAGCAGAGGAGGAGCAGGUGAAGGUGUGGAGGAGCAGAGGAGGAGCAGCGGAGGAGCAGAGGAGCAGGUGAAGGGGUGGAGGCUCUACUCCCUCUCAGGCUGCAGGAGGUGCACAGCGUACUGUUCCCGUCUCCACCUCGCGGCCUCGCGGCCUCGGAGCACGGCCGUCAUCUAUGCAUGAAGUGCAUGGAUUUAACCCCGUCGUGAAGCAUCUGUACGAGUCGUCCUCAUCACCAGGAGCCGGCGCAGCGAACGCAUCGCACUCCUCCUCCGCGAGCGCCGCGUCUCUGCCGCUGAACAGCCGGCGGCUGCAGGUCGCGAAUCGCUCACUCAUUCGAAGAAUAUGCAUCGAGAACGACGCGCGUGGUUCUGGGCCGUAGAUGUGCGGGAAUGUACUUUGUUCCGUUGUUUGUUUUGUUUUUGUUGCGUUUCUUUAGGGCAAUAACUGUAAAAUAGACGUCUGCGUUCUGAUCCGACACCUUCAAAGAUCUCAGCACCAAUGAAGUGAAGUUUCUUUUCUAUAGCACUUUGAAAAUGGACUUUCUGGCAAUACGACAGGUCGGACGGUGAGAUGGUUGAGAAGAAUGAGUGUCGCACCCGCCCAGCGUGUGCUGCUGUCGCAAUGAAUCAUUAAAGGAACAACACGUAAAACUGAAGAAUACACACUGUUACCUGGAGGCGUCUACAGCUGCUGACUGAACCAGACUCCUGUUCCUGUUUGGCCUGUGUCGUCUUUGCCCAUUAACAGGUUGCACCAACAUGGGCCUGAAGACAGACGCCUGCUUGAAUAAUUAAGCCCUGGGCUCUGACUGUCAUCAGUCACAGCUGGUUACCUGCAGGAACGCAAAGGUUCCAUCGCUGGGAUUCACUGGUGUCGCUGGUGUACGAGGAGCAGCUGGUUCCGUAGCAGCCAAACCAACAUCCUAUCGGCUGAUGAGCAAAACACUGCAGACGUUUACAUGAACACGUAGCAUAAGGUGUCGCCGUCUCAGACUGAAAGCUGCUGCCAAGAAACUGCCAGUGGUUUGACUUGGGUCAUUGCUACGUAUUGUUCCUUUAAUAUAUGCGAAGCCCCACAUGCUUUUGACUGGGUGUAGUUUGUCAUACGUGUCACUAAUAAUGUUUGUUGUACAUAUAAACCUACUGUAACACGUUCAACCAAAGCUUUGGAGGAAUCUGUGACCACAAAUCACCAAAACAAGAGCAGGCUAUAAAAAAAGACACGUCCCAAAACAGGAAAACAGGCGUCCAGCAUUCAGUCCUCACUGUUUCAUCUGGAACGAUUAGUUCUCAUGUUUAACCAUCGAGCAGUAAAUACGUAAAACCAACACAUUUCUGACGCGGCAAAACUGUCUAAAAAGUCAAAAGGGAAGAAAACGUCAGAACAUGACACAGAAAUUUGCAGCUCCUAAAUAUCUGCCUUUGGAAACGCUGCCGGCUGUUCAUCAAACCAGACGAGAUCCAGGAGCUCAGAGGCAACAAAUGAGAGGCGCUGAUGGGCAGCGCGGGCGAUCACGGCUGUCUGAUGCACCUGAGCCAUUCUUCUCUCUGGGGACGGAGCGAGGGAGCACAUGACGUAUGAACCAAUACCUUGGUUUCCAUUUUGCACUUUGCACUGUGCUGCAGCACAAACGACGACUCACCGCCAUGAUUGUCCAUCUCUUUCCACACAUAACCAAUUACGUUCCCAUAGAUGCGUCUAUUUUUGUGAAAUGAAUGUGAUAGAAUAGAAACUCAGCUCUGUUGAUUCUCUAUUCUAUCAUCACGGGGGGAUUAUUUUCAAGGGAAAUAAAGUAUAGUAAUAAUUUUAUUUGUUGCCUUAUUGUUUGAUUCCUUCUCUACUUCGGUCUGUCAUGGAUUUAUUGUUUAUCUGCAGAUCAAAUCUACCAACAGUAUUUAUUUUCUUUUUACAGAUGAAAACCUGUAUGAACUUGUUGAUGGUCUUCUCAGUGUUAUUCCCAUCGUACUGUACUUUGAUACUUGUCUUUAGAUCUAGCAGAAAUGUUGAUUGUCCACGGAGCCCAGCCAAUGUUCCUCUGUGUCUGUGGAAUGGUCCUUCACAUGAAUAAAGUCUUAUUCCAAGCGG